AGUGAACAAAUAGGUUUCACUGGGCGAUUUUUAUUUAAGGAGAUCCAAAAUACGCUUGACUGAUGAAGAGAUCACUGAGUUGGUCAACAUAAUUGCUCCAGAUGAGUCUGAUGUAGAUUUUGAUGAGUCUGAUGAUGAAGAUGAUGCUUUGAUACAAAGAAAUCAAAGUGACGAAAAUUCAUCAGAUGAAGAAACUGUACCUCUUGCUAAAAUCCGAGAAAGAGGCGAGUUUUGGAGACAUGCAUAUGUUUUUCAGGUGCUUAGCGCUUCCAAAAACCUCCGAUCCAACAUUGCUGCCAGCACAUCAGUAGCCACAGAUGAACUCAAGAAACAAUAAUACUUUUGCAAAUACUUUGAAGUUUCAUUUUUUGAGAAUAUGUCUCAGUUCACAAAUUAGAGGAAUGUCAGUAAAACAGGAAAAUCACUAAAUUGUACUGUAGAAGAAAUGCACAAGUUUUGGGGAGUGAGUAUUGUUGCAGCACUUAUAGGUGUACCAUGUCUAAGAAUGUGCUGGGAGAGGAAAAGUAGGUACCCACUGGUUGCAGACAAUCUUUCAAGAGACAGAUUUUAUCUACUGAGGAACAAUAUAAAAUUAGUUGAUGACAAUGCUGUUAGUGAACAGGAAAAGCAAUACCACUUUUGGAAAGUAAAACCAAUAUUGAAAACUGUUAGAAAGGGAUGUUUAGAAAACCAUCGGUCAACGGAAGUAUCUAUCGAUGAGCAGAUGAUUCCGUUUCAUGGAAAAGUGAAAAUGAAGGAGUAUGUAAAACCUAACCCAGAAGGUUUGAAGAAUUUUGUCAUGGCAAACCAUAAUUGCAUACCAAUUGAUUUCUGUAUGUAUGAAGGAAAAGGGAAAGAAAUUCAGUCUGAAAAGGUGCCCCUUCCAGAGAUGUUAGAUGUAGGAGGCAGAGUAGUUUUGAAACUUAGUGAUACAUUGACAGAGAAGUCGUCAAUUUAUGUUGACAAAUAUUUUACUUCUGUUCCCCUCCUUGACAAGUUACUGGGAGACAGGAACAUUACUGCCACUAGCACAAUAAUGCUGAGUCGCAUCCCCAGAAGUAUACGGCUUGAGGAAGAUGCAACAAUGAGAAAAACAAGAGGCUGCCUUGAUCAUGUGGUAAAGAAUGACGGGAACCAACAAUUACCAAAUGCUUUGAUAACCGAGCGAUUUAUUUGGCUUCAACAGAAUCAGGUGUUGAGCCAAUUGAAAAAUGCACUUGGUGGUCCAAAAAAGAGAAAAAGUACAUUGAAGUUCCUCGCCCAUGUGUUGUAAAGGCAUACAAUACUUACAUGGGAGGUGUUGACCUGUUAGAUACGAUGGUGGGAAAGUGUGGCAUGAGAGCCCGGACCCACAAAUGGACCAUCAGAGUGAUUCAUCACUUUAUUGAUUUUGCAAUUGCAGCUGCAUGGUUGGAAUACAGAGAGACUGCAAUGCAGAAUGGUAUUGCAAAGAAACAUACAGUGCCAUACUAUCAGUUCAAACUUGAUAUUGCAGUAAAUUUGAUAUAUUUUCACCAACGAUCAAGUUUACUGAUUGAACCUGUGGAGCAAGAACUAGACUCCGAAGAUGAAGAUUAUUUGCAAGAUAGGAAAAGACCAAGAUGCCCCAUCCCACUACCACCAAUGGAAAAAAGAAAAGCAAGCAAGCUUCAUUUGCCUGAAAUGAUGAACCAUGUUCAGAAGAACAGGUCAAACUGCUGAGCAGAAGGUUGUAGAGGUCUCACUUUUGUAUGAUGUGAGCAGUGCAAAGUGUUCCUUUGCUUCACUGCUGACAGGAACUGUUUUAAAAAAAUAAAAAAAAAUAAAAAAUAAAAAAAAAUAAAUUUAGUAUAAGUGUUGUUAAUUUACAGUUGAUACUUGUAAUAAUACCAAAAGGGCAGCAAUAAUUUGAC